AUGGCUAUGGAACAGCUGGAAGUCCCUAGCAAGUCCUACUUCAUACGCUGGGUGGACUGCCCUAAAAACUACACAAUCUCUUGGAGUGUGCACCCAUCAAAGAAGUCACUGAACUUCGGAAUCUUUAAACAUCCAACAGCCGGGGGCCAAGGCUCGUCGUCAUCACUGCAACCACCCUCAACUGCGCGCUCUGAUGAGACUUCCAUCUCGACUAAAGAACGCAGGCCCACAAACUCCAGGGGAAGAAGCAAUGAAGGUGAUUGUAUUGAGAAGCUUCAUGCGGCUGGACUGCUUGAUGUCUACUGGCAUGGGAAAUGUGAGGCCGAGAAGGUUACCACUGGAACCUACGCAGUAAAAGAAGGUGGAAUGUAUGCACUGGUAUUUGAUAAUACUUUUUCAAAGCAAAUAGCGAAACAAGCCACCCUUGUACUCCUUACAUACCCGUCCAAUUCCGCACCUCCAGCUUCCCAUGCGCUCCACCAUUACGACUCCAAUCCUGCAAUGAUGUCUACAACAUCUCUUUCAUUGAACAAUACACCAACUCUUAUGAUUGGGUCGAAUGCGUCGGUUGAAACAAUGUCCUUCAUGCAGCAGCCCCGUGAUGAUAGCUUCUACGGAGGAACAAAUAGUGGUUUUCUGACUGGGGUCCUCAAGAAGCGAAAACGCAAAAGGCAUCAAGGUUAUGCCCGUCGGUUCUUCUCACUUGACUUCACUUCCUCAACACUGUCUUACUAUUUGAAUCCCGAAUCUUCGACCCUCCGCGGUGCAAUACCACUCUCGUUGGCAGUGACUAGUGCGAACCAGCAUGACAAGGAAAUCUGUAUAGACUCAGGCGCAGAGGUCUGGCAUCUCAGGGCAAAUGACGAGCAGGAUUGGGAAAGGUGGAAAACAGCUUUAGAAAGGGCAACACAGCAAGCUUUGAAAGCUGGUACUACCGGAGACGAGGAUACUGUACCACCCUUACAACAGCAAAGAGUGGAUUCUAUUCCCCGGGGACAGCUGGAGGCCGGGGGAUGGGCAGAUGUGGAGGCUCUGGUCGGGAGAGUUUCAGGCAUACGAGAUGCCGUGCGAAGACUUGCGACGGCCCCGGAGCCUAGUUCACCCCGACCAAGUACAUCUGGCGGAAAUCUGACUAGUUCGGCAGCUUCUAUCAUGUCGGUAUCCCCAAUGGAAGAACGCCGUAUGCCUUUUUGGAAACGUAAAGGCAGCGGGGGUCAAGGAGCACCUAGCCCAACUACUCUGCACCCCCGGGAUGCAGGUAGAAACAUGUCUAUAAGCUCCGUUGCUGGUGUGUCGGGUUCUGCUGCCAUGGCCACUGCUUCUCCGAACGGAUCUUCUGAAGUUCUACAUCGAGGCGAGAACAUGAGUGUACAUCUCAACGCUAUACUGUCUGGAUUAGAUUCAGUAGUUGAAGACUUCUCGCGAUUGGUGGCCGAGAAUAAACAACGGAGAUACAUGCACCGCAUGUCGACCAUACGAGCCCCAUCACCCAUGACACAUAGAUUGUCUAAAAGGGUGUCGAGAAUGAGUAUGGGCAUGGAAUCUGAUGGCGAUGAUGAAUUCUUUGACGCAGAGGAUGCUUUGAAUGAAGCAGAGCGCGGGAAAGUUGUAAUGCUAAACGACGAUCAGCAUGAGAAUGUACAAGACGAAGGGGCUGCCACGGAUGACGACGAAAGUGAUGCGGAAGAUGACAGUUUUGACGACAACAAUAGGAGAGGCGGCGACAAACUAGCCCAAGAGGCUCAGGAUGUUGUGGAGGAAGGAGGUGUUAGAAAUUUAAAACCGCUACCUUGUGAGCCAGUGAAGAGACGAGAGGUGGUGCCUCCUCCGACGGUUCUGCCUCCAAGUUUGAUUGGGUUCUUGAGAAAAAAUGUGGGCAAGGAUUUAUCGACAAUUGCUAUGCCGGUAUCUGCCAAUGAGCCUACAAGUCUCUUGCAAAGACUUGCAGAGCAAUUGGAGUAUUCAGAGCUGCUCGAUGACGCUGUGAAUGCGUCGAAGGAACGAGGCGAAAGGCUACUGUAUGUCGCCGCAUUUGCGACUAGUUCGUUCUCCAAUAGUCGAGUAAAGGAUCGUUCGAUUCGUAAACCAUUCAAUCCAAUGCUAGGCGAGACAUUCGAAUUGGUCCGAGAAGAUAAAGGUUUUCGUUUCAUCGCUGAAAAAGUCUGCCACCGGCCUGUAAUCAUGGCCUGCCAUGCCGAAUCUCAACUCUGGACAUUCACACAAUGCCCAAUGCCAACCCAAAAGUUUUGGGGUAAAUCUGCUGAACUCAAUACGUCCGGUCGAGUACGCAUUCACUUCCCAACAACCGGAGACUCUUAUUCCUGGACCAUUGCAACAAGCUUCCUUCGAAAUAUCAUUGCGGGGGAGAAAUAUGUAGAGCCUGUGGGUACCAUGACGAUUCAUCAUGAAAAUACUGGUGAGAAGGCUACAGUCACCUUCAAGGCGAACAAAGGAAUGUUUGCCGGGAGAAGUGAAGAUCUCACAAUACAAGCUUUCAAUGUCGAUGGAGAACCUUAUCCACUUUCGUUGGUUGGAAAAUGGACAGAAGAACUUAUAAUGCAGCCAGAUAAUAAAGUCAUUUGGAGCGUGGGUGAACUUGUAGAAGCGGCAAAUACGCGCUAUGGGUUCACUCAUUUCGCGGCCACAUUAAACGAGAUCACACCCAUCGAAGAAGGUCAUAUCCCGAUUACCGAUACGCGCCUUCGGCCUGAUCAGAGGAUGGUAGAAGAAGGAAAACUAGACGAGGCAGAAGAAGAAAAGGUGCGGUUAGAAGAGGGGCAAAGACAACGUAGGAAAGAGAUGGAAGACAAUGGUGAACAAUGGCAACCUAGGUGGUUCACUAAGGUGAGAGAGUAUGAGAACGAGGAAAUAUGGAAAAUCCGGACAGGAGAAGAUGGCUAUUGGGAGCAAAGAGCUAAGGGAGAGUGGAAAAAUGUGCCCGAGUUAUUUUAG